UCUCCCUCACUCGCUCCGCUCUUCAGAGUCUCGAUAAUGGGGAAGUCUGAAAGCCAGAUGGAUAUCGUGGAGAAAUCGAGCCGGAGCGGCGCACGGCGCUGGAGCGGCGCGGAGAUUGGACUCACAGUGCUGGUGCUGCUCCUGAGCGGUGCCGUGGCGGCGCUCCUCGUGCUCCACACAGCGAGAGAGUCCUCGUUUCACAAGGCUAGUGUGGAGGCUGUGUGCACCACGCCAGGGUGUGUGACUGCAGCAGCCCGGCUGAUUCAGAACAUGGACCCAGACGCUGAGCCCUGCCAGAACUUCUAUCAGUACUCCUGUGGGGGCUGGUUGGACCGCCAUGUGAUCCCAGAGACCAGCUCUCGAUACAGCGUGUUCGACAUCCUGAGAGAUGAGCUGGAGAUCAUUGUGAAGGGAGUGCUGGAGUCGGAGCAGGAGGAGGAGCAGGACAGGGACGCCUUCCAGAAAGCCAAGCGGCUGUACCAGUCCUGCAUGAACGAGAGUCUGAUCGAGUUGCGGGACUCCGCCCCUCUGCUGGAGCUGGUGAGCAGGAUCGGGGGCUGGCCUGUGGCCUCGGCAGACGGGGACAGCAGCAGAGAGGAGCCCUGGAGUCUGGAGGACACUCUGUCCACUCUCACCGCUCGCUAUCACAAGAAGGCCCUGCUGGACAUGUUCGUGUGGACAGACGACCACGACUCCAGCCGACACAUCAUCUACAUCGACCAGCCGGCAUUAGGAAUGCCGUCCCGGGAUUAUUACUUCAGUGACGGGAAUUACAAGCGGGUGCGGGACGCGUACCUGCAGUUCAUGGAGGGCAUGGCGGCGAUGGUGCGUGCCGACCGCGGCCUGGCUCGUAACGACAGCUUCGUGCGUGAGGAGACGGAGAGAGUCUUGCAGCUGGAGACCGACAUUGCCAACGCCACUUCCCCCCCAGAGGAGCGCCAUGACGUUACCCUGCUCUACCACAAGAUGGCGCUGACGGAGGUCCAGCAGAAAUUCACACUGAACGGGUUUAACUGGACGCGGUUCAUGCAGGGGGUUCUGUCCGGCGUGAAUAUCGAUCUGCUGCCCCAGGAGGAGGUGGUGGUUUAUGGGGGCCCCUAUCUGCAGAAACUGGAGAGCAUCCUGCAGGCUUACCCAGUCAGCACCGUACAGAACUACCUGACCUGGCAGCUCAUCAUCGACAGGGUGGGCAGCCUGAGCCGUCGCUUCAAAGAGGCGCGAGCAAACUACCGCAAGGCUCUGUACGGUGCCACGGUGGAGGAGGCGCGCUGGCGGGACUGUGUGCGCUACAUCCAGAGCAACAUGGAGAACGCUGUGGGGGCGCUGUACGUGAGAGAGAGCUUCGCAGGAGAGAGCAAGCGCAUGGUCAGUGGGAUGAUCAGUAAGAUCCGACAGGCCUUCAUCGAGACGCUGGAUGAGCUGCACUGGAUGGACCAGCGCUCCAAGGAGAAGGCCAUGGAGAAGGCCAUGGCGAUCAAGGAGCAGAUUGGAUACCCCGAUUACAUCAUAGAGAAGGGGAACCCCAAGCUGGACAUGGAGUAUGCACACUUGAACUUCAGUGAGCUGAAUUACUUUGAGAACAUCCUGGAGAAUCUGCGAGCCGGAGCCCAGAAGAGCCUGAAGAAACUGCGGGAGCGAGUGGACCCCGAGCUAUGGAUCAUCGGUGCUGCCGUGGUGAAUGCCUUCUACUCACCCAACAGGAACCAGAUAGUGUUCCCGGCUGGUAUCCUGCAGCCCCCCUUCUUCAGUCAGCAGCAGCCCCAGGCUCUCAACUUCGGGGGGAUUGGAAUGGUGAUCGGACACGAGAUCACACACGGGUUCGACGACAAUGGCAGGAAUUUCGAUCGGGACGGGAACAUGCUGGAUUGGUGGAGUAACUUCUCCGCCUCUCACUUCAAGGAGCAGUCCCGCUGCAUGGUGCACCAGUACGGGAACUACACCUGGAGACUGGCGGGGGGGCAGAACGUGAGUGGGAUCAGCACUCUGGGUGAAAACAUCGCUGACAACGGUGGAGUGAGACAAGCGUACAAGGCCUAUCUCCAGUGGGUGCAGAAGGAGGGGGAGGAGCUUCGGCUUCCUGGCCUCGAUCUCGACCACAAGCAGCUCUUCUUCCUGAACUUCGCCCAGGUGUGGUGCGGCUCUUACAGACCGGAGUAUGCCAGCCAGUCCAUCAAGACCGACUCACACAGCCCCCUGGAGUACAGGGUGAUGGGGUCCCUGCAGAAUUUCGGGGCGUUCUCGGAGGCGUUCCACUGCAAGCAGGGCAGCGCCAUGCACCCCGAGGAGAAGUGCCGCGUGUGGUAGCCAGGGGGCGCCACUCUCUGCUCACCAGCUCCCUACCGGCCAAUCCCGUGCCUGAGAAUCCACUUUGUGUCCCGCCCCGCCCCCCUUCUUCAAUGCAGCCAAUCCCUGCCCAGCUUUACGGAAGGCGGUCCGGCUCAGAAGCAGCCCGAGGUUCUGAGCGGGUCAGAGAGUUCCGGAACGCAGCGUUUCUUCUCAGUGAUCCCACUUUGAUUUUUUUGUGCUUUAACAGAUAAAUGAACACAUUGAAAUGUUUAAUUUGAGAGGGAAAUAAAAGUCAAAACUGACUCAGCAGCCAGUAAAAUCCAGAAAAAAAUAAAAUAAACGCCUCUUAUUUUCAA